AUGAACGAAUUCACUCUGGCAGGUGGCGCUGUGAUGGCAGUGGGAAUAUGGACUCUGGUGGAUAAAAGCGACUACAUCAGCCUUCUGUCCUCCAGCACCUACACGGCCGCGGCCUUCAUCCUGAUUGGUGCAGGGGCCGUCGUGGUGCUCACCGGGAUACUGGGCUGCUGCGCCACCAUCAGGGAACAAAGAGGUCUUCUUAUAGUGUUCUUUGUGCUGUUGUUGUUAAUCUUUCUUCUGGAGAUCACAGCUGGAAUUCUGGCUUACGUCUAUUAUCAGGAGUGUUUUCCUCUCUGCUACCAGCUGAACGCUGAGCUGAGAGCCGAUCUGAAAGAGAGGAUGGUGCAAAACUACCAGCAGCCUGGACAAGAGCACAUCACUAGAGCCAUCGACAACCUCCAGCAAGACCUGAAGUGUUGUGGCAGUAACAGCUCAGCGGACUGGAGGGAAGGGGCCUGGAUACAUACCUUUGCCGACAGACACCUGGUGCCCGACAGCUGCUGUAAGACCCCCACACAGGGCUGUGGAGUCAGAAACCACCCAUCCAACAUCUACAAAGUGGAGGGAGGCUGCAUAUCCAAACUAGAGGAGUUUAUUCUUCAGCAUCUGAUUAUUUUGGGCCCAGUGGGUCUUGGGAUUGCAUUCAUUCAGAUUGUGGGGAUGAUUUUUACCUGCUGCUUGUAUCAAAGUUUGAAAGAAGAAAUAUACUGAGAAAGAAGAUACUUAUUCACACCAACACCAAAAAAGCCUUCCUGCUGUCUGCAUUACUGUCUGUUACUGUUUGGUUUCAUGAAUGUGUCACAAUAACGCAGGAUGACAGCUCAAUAUGUCUUGGCUGCAGGACAGUCGUUCUGGAAAUGGAACUUAAAUUGCUUUGUUUUAAGCAAAGGUUUUUAGAAGCAGUGUGUUCAAACUUUGAUUUUUUUUUUCAAUACAAAUAAAUCAGUCGAAUUGUUUCAUUUUAUUUCUGUCAGUUUUACUCCCACAAAUGCCUUCAAAUACAUACAGAAU